AGUCUGCAGUUGUGCAUACAUAUAUUUUGUUUUACAGAUCUAUUGGAAAAUAUUGAAUACGGCCACAUCUGCUGUUUGAAUUUGAAUAAGUAUACAGAUGUAAUAAUCAAGUGGUUGUAUAUGAUGGCCGACCCCGUAAUGAUGGAUAUCGGGCCAAAUAUCUACCUCAAUGGUCGUCGUAAUAUAAAAUAUGUACCAGAAGAAUUGUGUCAUUGUUUACCGAGGAAAUAAUUUAUAUUCACGGUUUGUGUCAUUCACUUUAGGAUUACGUUAUAAACAAUAUUUAUCAAUUGAGGAAUUAUUUAACCAUAUUACGUAAAAUUAUUGGCCAGAUUUACCUACAAUGACGGGUGAACAGACCCCUCCGGGGGUGCUAUCUAUGCCUCGGCCAAAUGUCAACUGGAAUUUGUUGAUACAUGGUAAACAUGAAGUGCGGCACCACCAGAGAAAUGAUGCCAGGGACUUGGGAAUGGAUCUCGCCAAACUAAAACCUGUUCCAGACAGACCAAGGAUUUUUAUGUCCAGCAAAUCGGGAAAAGUUGUGAUUGUGUUUCCUAAUGGAGAAAUCGUAGAAGUGGCGAACCCACCUGAUCGGGCAAAAGACGAUGCCAGUGUUGGAUCCAAAAACGGCCAACUAUCACGAACAGGAUCUUUAACGGUGCUUAGAAGGACAAACUCCAAAACCAAGGUUGGAGGUUCCACCAGUAGUAGUCGGACCUCGAGUGUUGUCAGUGCGGAAAGUGACUCGUACGCCAGCGUCGACCUUGGUACUGACAAACUACCAGCAAUAGACACACCGGAUGCUUCACAUGUUUGCUCAAUACGACUAAGACACAUACUGCGAAGGCUUCAAAAGGAGGACAUAUCGAGAGAGGAUCUACAGAGAAAUUUGGAAUAUGCAGCAUCCGUUUUAGAAACUGUGUACAUAGAUGAAACAAGACCUAAACAGGAGUCUCAGGAAGUGCGACUGUGUGAUGAUGAUGACGAGCUCAGUGAGGUUGAGCCCGACGCUGUACCAAGUGAAGUCCGGGAUUGGCUAGCGCUGACUUUCACACGCUCCAUGAGCAACAUCAAAAGGCGUGGAGAUGACAAGCCGAAGUUCCGCAGUGUGGCACAUGCAAUCAGAGCGGGAAUUAUGGUGGAUAGGAUAUAUCGUCGCCUGUCCAGUUCAGCUGGGCUCCACAUACCACCACAUGUUCUACAGCUUUUAAAGCAACUUGAUGACUGGUCCUUUGAUGUGUUUGCUGUCAAUACAGCUGCGGAUGGACAUGCCUUGAAAUUUGUGGGUUAUGAACUUUUGCAAAAAUAUGAUUUAAUAUCAAAGUUUAAAAUCAGCACGAACGUGUUGGAUUCCUUCCUCUUGGCAAUAGAGCAGGGUUACAGUAAAUACAAGAAUCCCUACCACAACCUCCUACACGGGGCAGACGUGGCACAGACCGUGCAUUUUGUGCUGUCCCAGAGCAAACUAGCACAUUGGUUGACAGACUUGGAGGUGUUUGCUACAAUUAUAGCUGCGUUAAUACAUGACUAUGAACACACAGGAACAACUAAUAACUUCCAUAUUAUGACAGGGUCCGAAGUCGCAAUAUUAUACAAUGACAGAGCUGUGUUAGAGAAUCACCAUAUCAGUGCCUCCUUCAGAAUGAUGAAAACUGAUGAAUGCAAUAUUGUAUCCAACCUCAGCCGAGAGGAGUUCAGGGAGUUCCGAAAUCUGGUCAUAGACAUGGUGCUGGCCACAGACAUGUCCUUCCAUUUUCAACAGAUCAAGAAUAUGAAGAAUCUGAUGGCAAUGCCGGAAAACGAUAUUGUUGUGGAAUUUUGUAUCGACAAAUCCAAAGCGUUAUCACUCGUCCUACACUGCGCAGACAUAAGUCACCCUGCCAAGGAUUGGUCAAUACACCAACGCUGGACAGAGCUCCUACUGGAGGAGUUUUUCAGACAGGGUGACCGUGAGAAGGAGCUAGGCCUACCAUUUUCUCCACUCUGUGAUAGAACUAGUACUCUCGUAGCAGAGUCACAAAUAGGGUUCAUUGACUUCAUUGUGGACCCGAGCUUCCAGAUGAUGUCCGAGAUGCUAGAAAAAGUUCUGACGCCGUUACAUCGCCAGCAGAACCAAAAUCCUCGUAACAUUGAUGAAGCAAUAUCUGAGGAAGUGUUUGAUGACAAAAAACAGGAUAAAAGUACGAGUACAUCCAGUCUCCACUCCUUCGGGAGUCAACCCAGCACACCUCGCACCCCAAUCUCUCCAGGGGCCAGGUAUCAGUUGAAAUGUCCAUGGACAAACUGCCUCACACAGAACAAGAUUCACUGGAAAGAUCGGGCAGCUAAAGAUGCAGAGGAAAGGAAGAGGCUGGCAGCUUUACAGGAAGCAUUGGAUAAAACGGACACUAAUCAAUCAAAUACGUCAGAAAAUUGUAGUGUAAAUUGUGAAAGCUCCGUAAAACUUGAAAACAAUACCACGGUGGUACCAACGAGGCAGGUAGAGUCAAACCAGGUCCCCGAGGAAGGCAAGGAUGGCCAAUGAUAUUGGAGCAGAACUGACAUUACGUACAUUGUACACCGCGUUUGCCAUGGAAACGGAACAUUGACAAUUGACAUGUCUUUGUUGCUUCCAUGGUCUUUUCCAUCACUGCUUCCUGCGUACAAUGUGACCUCCACUGUGACCUUUGACCUUUGGUUAACAGGGAGAAUUAACCUCUCUGCAGCUUUUUCUGUGAUCUGUGUUUCUGGGCUGAAACUGUACCUAAACUAUUUUUUCAUCCUUAAUCAUUUUGUGCAUGGUUCCAUAGCACCAAUGCAGGGCGGGAUUACAAACUCUGAUCCCCAACCUAAAAUUAUGUGAAUAUUUUUUCUCAUACCCUGUUCCUGGUAAAAGCUGUUAUAUUUAGCAUUGCCUAUAGGAAUUUUUUAAGCUACACCAAAAUAUGAAAACAAUGGCCCUGUGCCAUUGUUUUACAGAGGCAAUAAGUAGUACAAUAUUUUGUAUAUCUGAAAUUAUUAAUUGUUAAAGCUUUGAUAUUUUAUUUGAACUGGAUAAGGAUUGUGUUUGUGAAAUAUAGGUCAUUAAUAACAUUGCUUACGCAAAAGGAUAUAUACAGAGUUACAUGUUAUCAAAGUUUUAACAUUUCGUGUAUUUUACCAUGUUUGUACUAGAUCAGAAAAGGAAAACCCUAGAAAAUGUCAGAUAAAACAUGUAUACGUGAUUGACCAUGCUCGAACUUCAUCAUUUAUGCUUGUAUAUUAAAUCUCGCUGUAAAAUCCUACCUUAAGAUACAGAAUAGUUGGUCUUAUUGCGAACGCUAUAUAAUAAGAAUCACGUUGUAAUGCACUAUGAUUCUGUGAACCAAUAAACGUGUAGCGGGACUGGACUGAGUCGAUCAUCGGUGACCAGGCAGCUCAAUUGGUAGAGCAUUCGGCUAGCGUUCGGAGGUCCUGGGUUCGAACCCCGGUCUGGCUGCUACAUUUUCUCCUCUCGCGUUACACAUGUAUACAAAAUGUCGUAGGUUGCAGUAUGUAACGUUAGGCGAUUGAAAUCAGCAGAGGUGCGACGUCCUACUUUAUAUGGCUUCAGUGUCCUGUUAUAGAUACAGCGUUACACUAUGUUAAUAACUGUAUUGCUAUGUGAUGUAUGUGGAAAUAUAAAACAUUAUGCAAGAAAUGGAUGACAAUAUUAUGAACCCAGAAGCCAUAUUAUAUAUAUAUAUCUAUAUAUUAGGUCUUGUUUAAUAUCUCAACUCCAACGUCCGACUGAACAACAAAUAUAUCAGUCCUGGCCGAGGUUGUCACACAACCACAUCAUUUAAAGUAUUUGAGUUGACAUUGAUUCAAAAGUACUGAUAUAUACAUUUUUAGUUACAGAAACUCUUUUGAGGUUUCUAUCUACACCAUAAGGUUGUAAAAUGACUAGACACUUUAGAAUCAGAAAUGUUUGAAUCAUUUGUAUACAAAAGAGAUUUGUUGGUUUGGGGUUGAUUUCAACAUAAUUGUUAUUAUUUUACCAGACCCAUCAACACAUUGAUAGAUAGUUAAUGAAUGUGUUCCAUUAGGAGCAUGGACCAUCAUAUGUCAAUGUAUAGACUUUCAUUUUUAUCAAAAAUAUGAAAUUUUAAAGGGUUUAGUACAAAAAACCUGUUUAUUUAAACUUAUUUUUUCUCAUAUUCUUAUCCUCAGUGAAUUUUAUCUGUUUCCCAGUACUCGACAAUCAUUUAUGUUUUUUAUGAUCUAAUUAUGUUCCUGUUUUAAAAACUGGCAGACAAGAUGUUACUGUUUUCUUUCUGAUCUCAUUUCUAUUCUAUAAGUAAUUCAUUAGUUUCAUUUUAAAUAAUACCGAGUUUAUUCAGAAAGGUUGUUGGGGAUAAAAUAGUUUAUUUAUAAAAAGAGAAUAAUCUUGUAAAAGUGCUACUGCUGCAUACCAAAGCUUGGAUAUUCUAGGGUGCUGUUAGGACACUGGAUCGAUCAGUUGGUUGGAUGUACAGAUACUGCCAUAGGCUAUGCUAGGAGUUUGAUCACCUCAGUUCAAAAGAUAACAUGCGGCCAUAGGUCUGUAUAAAGAAGGUUGUUUGCUUCGAGAUGGUUGUUUUACAAUACUAAUAGUUUUGUUGUGUUGUUUACGGGGUAGUCUCAUUCAUAUGCCCUGGUAUAGCGCUGUACCAAUGGGUAAGGAAAGCUCAGUAAGCCUUUCAAUAAGUUUGGAUCACUAAGCCUUGGUUCAGUUAGCUUCACUAGGCCUUUGAAUAAGCUUGGGUCACUAAGCUUUUGAAAAAUUGAGGUUUAGUAAACCUUUGAAUAAGUUAGGUUCAGUAAACAUUUGAAUAAGUUAGGUUCAGUAAACCUUUGAAUAAACUAAGUUUAGUUAAUAUUUGAAAGAAUAAGCUAGGUUAGUUAACGUUUGAAUGAAUAAGCUAGGUCCAUUAAGCCUUUGAAUAAGUUAUGUUUAGUAAACAAUUUGAAUAAGUUGUUUAGUAAACCUCUGAAUAAGCUAGGUUCACUUAGCCUUGUUUCAUUAAACCUUUGAAUAAGGUAGGUUCACUAAGUCUUGGUUCAAUAAACCUUUAGGUUCCGUAUGCCUUUGACUAAAUUAGGUUCCUUUGGCCUAUGAGUAUGACUAAGUUAUGCUCUGUAGGCCUACGACUCUACAAAGGUCGGUAUGAGUACUAGCGAGUACGGAUGUAAAAAAUGGAGAACACAAUAUAUCGAGUACAAACAUGUGGACCUCAGAAAUAGAGGACAUCACCUUUGAUUACUUUACUGUCGUGGAAUAAGAUCCUAUACAAGCUUUUUAGCAGUCGUCUCGUUACAGGUGGUACUUUACAUUGUGACAACAUAGUACCAUAUUUUCUAGGUGUUUGACAAAAAUAUUGGGUGUUUUAUCUCAUGUUAGUUCCGAAAAUGUGUCUGUGAUUACAAUAUUUUACUGUUUUAUGUAUCGCACACUUGUUUAAUAUUGUGCCAUAAAUAUCUUCAGUCACAUGAUCCAAUCGAUCAACCAAUCAGCCAAUCCGACGAAGAUUUGAUUUUAACUGAUGCAACAAGUGUUGUGAUCCCUGAACCCUCAAAGAUUGGCUGUUCCUCUGAUAAUGUUAAAUACUGGUUAGUGUUGUCCAGUAUCUAAGCUACAUAAUAAACCGUUAAUUGAUGAUGUUAUAGAGUAUAUUUUUGAUUGUCAGAUUUUUGGAGAGUUCUGGCAAAUCCUGUUGUUUGUAAGAGUUUGUUCUGAUGUAACCACUGUAAAUCUUUCUGUAAUGUCCGCUCGAAUUUAGCCGAGUGUUCAAUUGAUGUAACGCAGAAUUUCACAAGUUUCGUCCCUUUUUAAUCAUUGUCCGUGCAAGACCACGGCUGAACUGAAAAGUAUGCAGUAUAGGAGAGAGUAAAAGAGUUACGUCAGGGGCAGUAACUCGUACAUGUUUGUUAACGAUAGGUUGCGCACCACUAAAUAAUCACAUAUGUAAAUAAGUCUGGGAAUUAGAACCAGUAAAAUAUGUGUUUUAUAUCUAAAUAGAUCACAUGAUCAAAGUGAAGAUGAAAUGUGGUGUUUUAUUAUACGUUGAAAAGAAAUUGAAUUUUUUUUUAAAGUGUCGGUAUUUUCCGUAUUUUCCCAUGACUGCGUGCAUCAAAGCUUGUGAAAUUCUGCUGAUUGAUAAUUUGGGAACAGACAGAAGGGUUAAAUUCCUUGUUUUGAGAACUACUCUUUGUCAAGUUUUCGUUAUUGCCUUGGUUUAUUUUUACACAUAUUUUUGAAGACUUUGCUUGUUAUCUCAUUUGUAAUCGGUGAGUUUUUGUUAUUUUUUGCGGAAUAGUUAACCUUUUCAUGGCAGCUUACUCGAUAGAUAUUCAGUCCCAAUACGAUACUCCCAAACGUGAUUAUCCUGGCCCCAGUACAAUACCCCCUAACGUGAUUAUCCUGGCCCCAGUAUAAUACCCCCUAACGUGAUUAUCCUGGCCCCAGUACGAUACUCCCAAACGUGAUUAUCCUGGCCCCAGUACAAUACCCCCUAAUGUGAUUAUCCUGGCCCCAGUACGAUACCCCCAAACUUGAUUAUCCUGGCCCCAGUACGAUACUCCCAAACGUGAUUAUCCUGGCCCCAGUACGAUACCCCCAAACGUGAUUAUCCUGGCCCCAGUACGAUACUCCCAAACGUGAUUAACCUGGCCCCAGUACGAUACUCCCAAACAUGAUUAUCCUGGCCCCAGUACAAUACCCCCAAACGUGAUUAUCCUGACCACAGUACGAUACUCCCAAACGUGAUUAUCCUGGCCCAGUACUAUACUCCCAAACGUGAUUAUCCUGGCCCCAGUACGAUACCCCCAAACGUGAUUAUCCUGGCCCCAGUACGAUACUCCCAAACGUGAUUAUCCUGGCCCCAGUAUGAUACUCCCAAACGUUGUUAUCCUGGCCCCAGUACGAUACUCCCAAACGUGAUUAUCCUGGCCCCAGUAUGAUACCCCCAAACGUGAUUAUCCUGGCCCCAGUACGAUACUCCCAAACGUGAUUAUCCUGGCCCCAGUACGAUACUCCCAAACGUGCAUAUCCUGGCCCCAGUACGAUACCCCCAAACGUGAUUAUCCUGGCCCCAGUACGAUACUCCCAAACGUGAUUAUCCUGGCCCCAGUACGAUACUCCCAAACGUGAUUAUCCUGGCCCCAGUACGAUACUCCCAAACGUGAUUAUCCUGGCCCCAGUACGAUACUCCCAAACGUGAUUAUCCUGGCCCCAGUACAAUACUCCCAAACGUGAUUAUCCUGGCCCCAGUACGAUACUCCCAAACG